GCCCUCAGUGGGCAAACGGCAGCAACGGCGAAAAAUGGCGGAUAAAUCCGAAGGGAGCCUCGAUGGCAAGCCUCUGAGCUCGCUUCGUGUGGUAGACCUCAAGAACGCACUCCAGGAGCGCGGAUUGCCCAAAGGCGGCAGCAAGAAGGAACUGGUGGAGCGCCUCAAGCUGCAACUGGAACUUGAGAAGCUUCAACAGGAGUCAGCAGACUCCAAAGAUCAAGUCCCCAACCUUGCACUUCAGGAUGAACUGGGCGGUCAGAAUGAUUUCGUGCGGCAGUACUUGGCUGCCCAACAACAGACUUUCGCAAUGCAGCUCAAGGAGCGCCGACUCACAGAGCUACAGGCAUCUGGCAGCACUCCAGAGGCACCCAGUGCCACAAGGGAAGCCCCCACAGCUCCUCGGCAGAAAGGCCCGCAGCUCCCAGUGGCCGUCGGAGAGCGGGCAAAGCGUGAGAGCUGGGAGCGCAAACGGGGCCGCCAGUGCCCCUCGUCCAUCGAUCCGGGUGGCCUGCUCGAGAGUCCCACUCGCGGAGAGCCCCCGCUCGAGGCAGACGCUCCCACCGAAGCCCGCCGGACCCGCCUCUCCACGCGGCAAGGCGACCUCAAGAGCGAGGUCAAGAUUGAGCAUAACACUGAGCUCAAAAGCGAGCUGCACAUUCGAGUCAAAAUUGAACCAAAAAGAAAGCCCAAGGCGAGAGGCCAAGCGAGAAGCGAGCCUCGACAGCUGCGCCACACGCUCUCGCCCACCGACCAUCCCCCAAAAAGGAAACAGUUGGCAGAGCCGAGCCCAACGCGUUUGCCUUCCGAGAGUGAGGAGGAUGCUUGCAAGCGGUUGCAGGGCCCCAAGGAAGAGCACAGUGCUGUUGGAAUGCUCCAACGUGUCGUCCGGUCACCACGGAAGGCGGCCAUGGCACCAGUUGUGCUCCUGCGACCAUUGGAACAACUGCAGACUCCACGGUAUCCAUCGCGCAGGAGGCAGUCCUCCAGUGAUGAGAGUGCAAAGAACCUGCCGCAGGAAGGGAGUCUAACCAGCACGGGAGAUGACACAAACAAGCUGACAGCAAGCGACCUCCAGGAGUCUGGGACGGUACAGCCGAGCCUGGACGCUCAAGAAGGGCCCGUUCCAGAGGCGAGACCACGCUCAAAACAAAGGGACUCGGAGGCGCGGAAAAGCAACGCGCCUCUGGAAAAGAGUCUGAAUGAUUCCACAACACACACAGUGCGUGCCCAUCGGAAGCCUCCUAGAGCUCCACCCAAAACCGGUACCAUUGUGUUGGAUCUGCCUGAAAGUAGGGACGUCACACCAGCUCCACAAGAGGCUAGGGACACGGGAUCAGUGAUACAAAUCAGCAAGCAUGUUCUUCGACACACGAGAGCAGAAAGUGGCCAAGUGCUUGAGCAUUCAGAAAUGCCAGCAACGAAUGUCACGUUAGAGUGCAAUGUUGUAAAUACGACUGACAGUUCCGUCCCCAAGGAAGUUGUGAGUGCAACCACUUCAUCUGAUCUGGGAGCUCCUCCUUCUACCCAAGUGCCUUUUAUCCAGCAAAGUACACCGACAUGUUCAUUCCCUGCCUCGGCAGAUAUGCAGUUUGUCUCCGAGGAACCUGGCCAAGAGUCCAGUCAAGACAAAAUACCUGUUGCGACUCAUGUGCAGGACUCCCAGGAGGCUGUAAAUGCCGCCUUGGUAUCCUGGGAAAGCUCCCAAGUAUUUUCAGAGAGUCCAAAUGUUGCACCAUGUUCCAAAGACAACAAGAACAUUUUCAACAUGGCCACUGAAAGAGAGUCUUGCAUUGUUUUCAACAAAGACAAACCACCUAUUGAGUUUUCUAGGACAUUAAAAGAACAAAAACACUCCCAAAACCAGGGGAGUAUACCUGACACUAUUUUGAUGCCGUUUUCCACACCUGGUCCACGUCCCGAUGAACUGGAAGAUGUGAGCAAAGUCAGCACUUCUGACACUGAAGAACACAGCGUUUUGCUGGACUAUUCAAGUAUAAGAUCGGCGACUGGAAUCCGUUCCAAGCCACCUGUGCGGGGUCCUCUAACCGUAGCUGAAAUGACAAGUGCAGUGAAGUCCAUCUUGGAAACGGCGGUCAACAUCCCCGCUGCGGCUGUACACUGUCAUGUUGCACUUGACACUGCACCAAACCUAGUUGAUGAACUUGAAGUGGACAAUGCAACUGAUAGCCUGCUGAAGGAGAUGUCAAUUGAGCCCGAAGAUGCUAUAGAGGAUUGCGUAGCAGGACUUGAAAGAGUUCCAGAAGCAGCAGACUCGCAGCUCCUGGGAUGUGACAACCUCCAAGAGCAUUUAGUCGGAGAGGAUGAGACUCACAAAGAACUUGAGCAAGUAAUGGUAGAAACUUCUCGUGCUGUCCUUACGGACGUAAUACCUUUGAGUGAAGACCGUGGGAUGGCCCCAGCUGACGAGGGUCAGCAAUGUUUAGUGACCUCCACAGAAGAGCCUCAUUACACAGCAGCGCUUGAAAAACAGAAAGAAGACAGUUCAGCAGCAGCUGUAGUAUUGAGCGAAUGCCAAGUGGGAGCAGCAUCUGAAAGACCAGGUUUCAAACCAGUGGCCGCAGAAGUGAACUCCUCACUUCAAGUUUCUAAUGGAGAGAAGCCGUCAACUCCUGCUACGCAGGUUCUCUUGGACGAACCUGCUCAGCCUCCAUUACAAACGGAGGAAGCAACCCAUACCACAGCACCACCCAUUCAAUCUGAAACCGUUGCAGCUCUCCGUCCCGUGACGUCAACCUUCUCAGAAGCUUCAGACAGUUCAACUAUGAGGUCAUUUUCCUGCCAAGAAGACAAUAAUGCAACAAAUCAAGAAGUCAAAAUACAAGCUUUCAUUUUUCAAGUGUCUGACCUUCAUUCACAUGAAGUCAGCUUGUCACUAACAACAGCUAACGAAAAAUCGGAAAAGAGCAGUGAUAAAGCACUUGCAGAUGCUGACAGCUGCCUGCCUUCCACUGCAGAGUGCUCAACCCAGCUAUCUGAGACAGCUUCGACUGGCAACUUAGCAGGAAUGCUACAGUAUCCAAAUGAAAAACUGGAAGUUGCACUGUUAGACAAGAACUAUGAUGAGCACACUCACGAUGCGUCUCCAAAAACCUGCUUGCACCAACUUGAGCAGAGGCCCUACGUUGCAGAACUGGCAUAUUCUACAGUAGGAGCAGAUGAAGUGCAAGUUGAAGCUCCGACUUCACUCCCUGAGGUUACAGUGGACAGUGGCACAGUUCGUAGAUCUUCAGAUCCUCCCUCUGGUGCCUCGGCACCUUGUUCGAAUCUCAGUGAAGACCCCGUUGGAGGAAAAGCACUGGGAACUACCCUAAGCAUAGAAGGAAGUUUGGAAGAGCACCUGGAGACACAUGUGGCUUCCAUUAGCCAAUCACAGGCAAGCAGACAAGAUGCCAAUAUUACCAAACAACAGGAUACGGAGCCUGCACAAAAACAAGCAGCUGCCAGUGAAAAAGGGUGUUUUGUACAGCAUACAUAUUAUAUUGAUGCCUGCAAGCCUCAACUAGAAGCAGAACUGCCCACAGUCACAGUCAGUGAAGUGACUACAUCACUUCAAACAACUACAGCAGGGACCAGCCUCACAAAACAACAGGAUACAGAGGUCGCAAGAGUAAAGGAAUCUGUUGAAGACAUGCAGUACGAGAUUCAGCAUCAUGCAUCAAUAGAUCUGACAAAUGAUAUCUGCAAGCCACCUCAAGUGGACUCACGAAGAGACCAGACUUUUGAAACAACUAAAGCUCUUAGUCCACAGGAGACAGAUGUUGCAAGAGAGGAGUUAACCACUACUGAAGGAAUGCCAAGCUGUUUGGAAAACAAUGCACCAGUGGAUGCUUCAAUAAAUGUCUGUAUGUCUCCCCAGAUUACAUUGGAAGCUGAGUAUAUGCACAGUGCAUCAAUUAGAGCUUCAACCCCAGAACUCCAGGCAAACACAGUGGAACCUGGCAUAUUAGCAAGGCAGGAGAGAGACAACCGGCCUCAAGGCUAUCCACCAGUGGAUGCUACAGUUGAUGAUCUUAAAAUUUCAGAGGUACUACCAGAAGAGGAUUCUACAACACAAAUCUCUGUAGCUCCUUUCAAGAUGCUUGAAAGAACCACACUAGAGGCUUGUGUGAAUACUCAACAGCAUACAAGGACUAAAAGGGAGGAAACAACUAGCAUUGCAGAAGUACAGUUCCAAGCCCUCACAAUUGUGGAUCCAAGAAAUGAUACCUGUGUCACUUCCCAAGCAGAGUUGGAAGAAACAUCUACACACCCUACAGCCAUUGAGAUCGCAGGUUCAGAGCCUGAUGUGUUAAUGACAGAGACUGACAUCACCAGGCAACAGGGUGCAGAUGUUGUAAUCAAAGAGGCCGUUGAAGAAGCUCAGUACCAGUCGCAAGACUAUGCAUCAAUAGAUGUGUCCCCUCGGGAGAAUAUGGAAAAAGAGUGUACUGUAGUCAAUAAAGCGUCCAUGCAUCAGGCAAACAAAGAAGACCUUCACAUUAUUAGGGAGCUGGAAAUAACCAAAGAAGCGGCUGCCACUGAAGAAGCACAGUCCCAAGAUGAUGCAUUGGUGCAUGAUAGAACUGAUGUUUUCAAAACUUGUCAUGUGGGGUCAGAAGAACCCAUAGACACAACAAUCUGUGAAAGCACCAUGCCCCAACCAGCAUCAACAGUAGAAACGUGCAAUAUCAUGCAGGAAAGUGGACGGACUGCAAGGGAAAAAGCGACUAGCACUGAAAGCAUGCAGUACCAAUAUCAAGGCCAUGUUUCAGUGGAUGCAGCAAGUGAUGCUUACCAUCUUGAUUCUGUGAAAUUAGAAGAUUCUUCAACACCUUCAGUGGCCAUGAGAGGGACUGGCUAUACUAGCAAAUGCUACAUGGGCAUUGCCACAGAAGCAGCAUCUACCACUGACCUACCAUCAGACCAGCUCAAAAACCAUAUAUCAGUGGAUGAUGCAAGAGACGUUUGCAAGGCCUCUCAAGCAGAAUCAGAAAAAGAGUCGGAAAUUACUGAAACUUUAACUACCGUGCUACAGACAGACCAGGACACAGAGAUGGUAAAGGAAAAUGGGGCAGUUACCGAAGGAAUGCGGUGCCAUUCUUGUGCUUCUGAAUCGGAUUAUGAGCACAGGUCUAGUGCAAUCAGUGCUAUCCCCAUUACAAACAUAGAGAUUGCUGCUGCCAAUCAGCGAGACGUGGGGGUUGCAAAGAGAGAGCCCACGGCCACAGUAGAAAUCCAGCGUACGUCAACAGAUGUUACAGUUGAUGCCUGCAAGCUUUCUGAAGUGGAACCAAAGUAUCCGCCCAUGGAUACUGCAACUGCAACCAGUGAAGCUCCAAUUAUGAUAGUUCAAGAAAACAUUGUGGAAACUGGUGCAGCUUGUCAGCAAGAUGCAGAAAUUUCAGAGAAAGGGUUGGCAGCCACUGAAGAAAUGCAGUUACAUACAGAACAUCAUUCAUCAACAGAUGCUACCCUUGUUGCUUGUGAGGCUUCUAAAGUAAAAUCAGAAGAUCAGCUUGAAGACACCGUUGUCGGUGACUCUCUGAUUUCAACACAUCAGUCAAUUACCAUACAAAGUGAUGUUUCCAGCAGCCAAUGUGACACAGAGGCUGUAAAGAAAGAGGCGUCUGUCACUGACGGAAUGCAGUGCCAGAUGCAGAACCACUCAAGAGAUGUAUGCCAGCUUUCUUGUGUGCAAUCAGGAUUUCAGCCCACAGACACUACUAAAAGCAAAGCUUCUAUUGCAACAUUUCAGGCAACCAUUAUGGAGAGCGAUGUUACUAGCCAACAAGGUCCAAAGUUUGCUACUGUUAUUGAAGGGGGCCACUACCAGUUCUCAAAUCAGGCACCAGUUGAUACCUCCAGGUCUCAAGUGCAACCAGAGGAAGAGCCCACAGUCACAGACCAAGCCAGUGCAGCUCUUGCGGCAACUCUUCAAGCAACGACAGCAGACACAAGUGCUACCUGUCAGCAGGACACUGAGGUUGACAAAGAGGAAUCAACUGCUGUUCGAGAAGCACACAACCACCUCUCAAGCUCUACAGCUACAGCUGAUGAAUGCAGUGCUUUUCAAGCCGAAUCUAAUAGGGAGACAGCAGACAUCGCAAUUACCGGCACUGUAGAAGCAUGCGCUGAAGCCGUAAGCCAACUUCAACAUUGUAUAGCAAGCAUGCCCAAAACAUUCGCUGUUACGUCUGCGGCUUGUGCCCGUGACAUUACUGAAACUACUAGUCAACUGAACACUGAAAUAUCGAAUGCACCAGAAUUGCUGUACAGCAUGGGCAGUAUGGCUUUGCUGCAUAAGGAGCAAGCACAAACAGAACAUCCUUAUGACUGCACUGUAUCCACCAGAUGCCCAAACAGCGCAGAUGUUGCCUCGAACAUUGUGACCACAAGCUCUGCCUUUGAGUUGGCAAUGCGGAAUGUACCCCUAGAAUCCCAUCCAAAGGAACCUCAAGCAUUGAGUCACAUCAACAUAAAUUUACCCGGUGCAGCAGCCAUUAAGGCUACAGGUGUAACGACAGACAAACCUUCACAGAUAUCAAGCUUGGGAAGUGCAGACUCUUCUCAACUGGACGUGCUUUCUUCAGUGUCAGAUCCUACACCUUCCAACACUGAAAGGUGUGAUUCGACAUACGAAGCUUGUAAGACGCCCAAUUACAGUCGCAGAAUUCUACAUGAACGAAUAUCCUCCACACCUGACAGUACAGGUACUGAACGACCAGUGCUAGUGAGUGUGACAUGCAAGGACCAAACUCCAAGUGUGACGGAGAUAUCAGAACAGAAAAAGGUUGUUGAGAGUACUUCAAUUUUGGAAACACUUAAUUUGCCUUCAUCAUCAGAAUCAAGGGAAGACCGUAAUGCUGGACUCAAAUGUCCAGAAACAUCACAGCUAGCUGGUAGCAUGCAUUGCCCACCAAUUACAGAGUUGCACACAAAGACAACCGAGGAGAAUCGAGAUGUCCAAGCAGAACAAGGGCAUGACGUCGAAUGUCAACCCUGUCCUGGUACUUGUGAAGGUGACGAGAGGCUACCUGGGAACCUAAAACCCAGUAUGUUGAGAGAGGAUCUCGAUGAAACGCUACCCAGCUGUAACGUGAGUUUGAGCGAAAGAUGUCAAGAAAUCAAAGGUGCCUGUAUGACAGAGGGCAAGGCCUCAUUUGACAACACAUCAAGGUGCUCGAACUGUCCCCAAAGCCAAGAGCUUGAAAAAGUGCCUUCUACCAGAGCCUUAUCAUCGUUGGAAGUUGGCAUAGAAAACCCGAUUGGUAAUCGGCCUCAAGCAAGCAGCAGCCUGACCAAUCCUAACUCCUUUACGGAGACACUAAUGCAGUGUGGUACGCCUUGCCAUGUUAACUUGGACGGUAAAGAAGAGACAAGCUCUGUGCCACAGUGUCAUCGAGCAGCUCCAAAAGUACAAGGUGACAUAAACCGGCUGGGCACGGGCCACGAUGUGCUAGGCCUCGCGAAGCGGAGCAGCAGCAGCAGCAGCACCAGUGGCAGCAGCACCAGCGGUAGCGGCAGCAGCGGGAGUACCAACGGAAGCAGCGAGAGCGACAGCAGCGGGAGCAGCGGCGACGACAGCAGCAGCAGUAGCAGCAGCGACAGCAGUGCAUCGGACGAGGAACGUGGAGCAGCCAUGGCACGCCUGAGAGGCCGCGGGGUGCGCAAGCAGGCGGUGCGUACCGCCAAGGAAGCGACGUCGGACCAGGAGGCCUCGGACCGGGAAGGCUCGGACGGUGAGGAGAGCGACUCGGGGGGCCAGGCACGCCGCCUGCUGCGCAAUGGGCGGCGGGCCCGCUCUCCGCCGGAGGAGGGGCGGGUGACGCGGCGGACGUUGCGGCAGCGCAAGCCGGGGGGUGACGCCCCCGACGAGGCCCCCAAGCGAGAAGACUCGUCGGACACGGAGCGGGACGGCAGCCCGGCGGAGGAGCGGCGCUCUCCCGAGAAGGCGGCAGAAGAGGAUCCCAAUGGUAAGGUGGCACCGGCGGACGAGGAACAGCAGCCCAGCGGCCCGGCCUGGAAGGAAACGCUGGCCAUCAAGGUGCUCAACCUGAGCUCGGAUUCGUCGGAGUCUUCGGAGGCGGAAGAGGAGCGCGUGGGACGGAGGGCCCUCAAGGGGACUGGGCCCACGUCUCCUCCGCGGUCCCCCUCGGCGGCAGCUCCGGAAGCGGCAUCGCAGGAGGAGCGGGAGUCUCCUUGCCCGCCAGCUGAGGAAAGCUCCAAGAAGGACGGCGCCGUCGUUGGGGGGGUCGAGGUUGCCGAGGAAGACGAGGCGGGACGGCCCGAGUCUGAAGAGCCUGCAAAAGAAGAGAACGCCACACCCCCAGACAUCGAGAUGAAGCAGGAGGCCCCAAGGAGUAUCUCUCCCCCCAAGUUCAAGGCACGGAGGAUAUCCACUGCUGCAUUGAAGAGGGAGUCCAGGGAUAAGGAGGACAAGCCUCAGCGCAAGAGACGGUGGGGCUCAACCAACGUCGUGGUGGGACCUUCUGUCAGCAUUUCCACCAGCGCACUAAAGGACCUGAUUCCCGACCUGGAGCCUGUGGCCAGCAAGAUGAAGGAGGAGUCCCUGGCCUCGGUGCCCGAGGAGCCGGUCGCCUCGGCGGAUAAGCCCGUCACCGACAAAGGGGAGGACGCGGAGCUUGCCAAGACCUCGGACGAGCCUCCGGCCAAGGUGCAGGCCGUGGCAGCCCCCGUGGUGCAGCCCAAGGAGGCCAAGCCAGUCGUGGAAGACGGGCAACCCGUUUCCGAGCGGAAACCCAUCCACGCGCUUGCAGACAGGGCUCCGCUCUCCAGAAGAGCCAAGGAGGAGAGCGUACGAAAAGAGCCAAGUCCAGCCAAGAACCCGAAGACGCGCACCCUGUUUGUACGCAACCUGGUGCGGCCCUUCACCCUGAACCAGCUGAAACAGCUGCUGCUGGAGUUUGGGGAGACUGUCGACUCGGAGUUCUGGAUCGACAAGAUCAAGUCCAAGUGUUUUGUCACGUAUACAACGGAAGAAGAGGCAGCCAAAGCAAGGGAGGCAUUGCACAACCUUCGCUGGCCCCUAUGCAACCCGAAGAUUCUGCACGUGGACUUUUCAACGCCGGAGGAGAUGGCGCGGCAGAAGGAGCCGCCCGCCCCUCGGCCCCCGGCGCCCCUCCCGGCCCCGGCGAUGCCCGUCGCCCCCGACCGCUCGGCUGCCCCGGCCUUCCACCGGACGGUGGAGGUGGAACCGCGGCCCCCAGGUCGAGACGUUCGAGAGGCGAGAGACCCGCGCGAGGUGCGUGGCACGCGGGACACACGGGACGUACGUGACGCACGCGACGCACGCGACGUGCGAGAGUCCCGCAACGUUCGAGAGAGCCGCGAGCCCAGAGAUGCCCGCGAGGGCAGGGGAGACCCCCGGGCACUGCCGGUGCGGCUUCCCGUGCGCGAGGAGCACCGGACUGCCCCAGAAAGGCAGGCGGCACCCGCACCGAGGAGGGUGCCCAUGCGGGAGUGGGACCGGGACAAGCUUCGACAAGAGACUCCGCCCCAGGAACAACGCCCCCGCCCGCCCAAGGACGUGAAGGACCGGGCGCACACGCCCGACAAGAAGGAGCGACGCGACAAGAAGGUGGCAAAGCGCAAGCAAGAGGACACGCCAGCCAAGCUGCUGGACGACCUGUUCCGUAAGACCAAGGCCACGCCGUGCAUCUACUGGCUUCCCCUGACGGACGACCAGAUAGCGCACAAAGAGGAGGAGCGCAAGCAGCGGCGCCUGGACCGCGAGCGCCGCCGACAGCAGCAGCAGCUGCAGGAGGAGGAAGAUCGGCGCAAGCGGGCCUUGGCACGAGACCUCGACUCCAAGGCACGGGACUCCAAGCGCACCGGUAGCCACAGUCCCGUACGGAGGCGCUAAAGCCUCUCGGAGGCCAAGCAACCGAGCCAGCAGGCGGACGCCUGCAAAUUGCUCACAACCGUCGGCGAGCAAAGAUGAAAGCGCCACCGACCACCGUUUCCCACCGCUCAUCCACAUGCCCCCUGAGGUCUCCCUCCGCCGUGGGCAAGGUAGUAGUGCUUUCUUUAGGAGCUGCCUCCCCUCCCCCACAAAACUGUCCUUCCUUCUCUUCCUGGGUCCCCUCCCCCCUCCCGGUCCCUCUGGUCUGGAGUAGCUCAUUUCAAGGUGUGGAUGGUGUGUGAAUGCACAAGGGCGCUUUGUUACUUGGAAAGAGGACGGCCUCGCAGUGGAGGCUCUUUUUCUCUUUGCAACCACUCUGGUUGUAGCACAGUUCCUUUGUUUUCUUUGUUCUGUCAGAGCAGCGGGAGUUUGGAGGCGACCAUUAGCUUGUGUGUGGUGUGCAUGAAGUGAUUGGGCAUGCUGUUGAGGCUUAGCUUGUGUUUCUGCCCAUUGCAUCGAGGUAAGUAUGCUAGCGGCAGAAGGGCUGACCAGAGGGGCGCUCCCUUCCCUCUUUCUUCCUACCCCGACCUCGAGAGUGUAGUGAGCGGCGGGCGAGGCCAGGGUGGCCUCGUGUCUGGGGGUGGCGCAUUGUACGGCUGUCCCUUGUCUGGCCGGAAGGGUGGGGCGGCCACCCCGCCUGGGACCUGUCUCAUCGCUCAGUGUCUCGUUGCAGAUAAUGAGGGUGUAAAGGGUUCCACCAUCUGCGGUUCGAGCGGUUGCGUACGAGCGGGGCUUAUUUAGCUGCCACCAAUCCUCCCGCACACGUCCCCCUGGGUUUGCCAAGAGAGGGCGAAAGAAAGCUUCUCUGACGGUUGCUUUGGGUGUGUCCCUUCGCCGGUGCGCGGUCCCGUCCGACUGGUGCGCUCCGAAGACGAUCCUCAUCGCCACAUGCACCAUCACUCAUCGUCGUUUCGGACUGGUGCCUCGUUCUUGGUGCAUCAAUUUGGUUGCGGAGAACAGUACGGUACAAGGCACCACGGACCUCCGCCCCGCAGUCGGCGACCAAGACUGCUGCUUUGUAUUCUUCACCACAGACUCUCUGGAGAUUUGUGAUCGACUAUUUUAGUGCUGUUUUCUUCAUUGUUCUCAUCUUUUGUGUUUGGUUUUUGAUGCCGAUUAUUAAUCGGUCGUCGACGCCAUCAUUUGUGAAAGCACCGCCACAUUGAUGAAUCAAUCGUGUCCGCCAUCAUUCGUGAAAGCACCGCCACACUGAUGAAUCAAUUGUGUCCCGUCUGUAUAAUCACCUUGACUCUUGGCCUGCGAGCCAAGCUGUAAAUGGCUGUCUGAAAAUUAUUUGGAGAGACUUGUAAAUUGAAACCAUUGUUGUUGUUUUUUCCUUAUUUCGUGCUAAGAGAAUAAAACCAAGCUGUAACCUGAAAUAAAGAUAGUUGGAUUUACCCA